AUGGCUGCGGUGAACAUAGUGGCUCUGCUGUUCAUAAUCGUGUACUACUUCACAGUCAUGAUCGUCGGCGUCUGGGGAGGCCGCAAGGUGCUCCCGACGCAGAGCCACACGAUCGGCCCGCAUGGGUCCCGAAUAUCCAGGCGGAAGAAUGAAGACGACGACUUCCUGGUCAGGCUGUUCGUCGCCAACCGGCAGUUGCCGCUGCUGCUCGGCGUCGCGUCCAUGACCGCAACCUGGGUUGGAGGCGGCUAUCUAAAUGGCACCGCCGAGGCAGUCUACAGGUCCGGCAUCUUAAACUGCCAUGCUCCGAUUGGAUACGCUAUGAGCCUGUUUCUUGGCGGCACUUUCUUCGCGGCCAAGAUGCGGCUGACAGGUUCGCUGACGAUGCUGGACCCGUUCCAGGUGCACUACGGCCGCUGGACGGGACUGAUGUUCUGCGUGCCGGCCGUGCUGGGCGAGAUAUUCUGGACGGCCGCCAUACUAGCGGCUCUGGGCAAAUGUAUAAGCGCGCGGAAAGGCACUGGAAAACGAGCGUCGCAAACAGAUAUCAAAACGUCUUUGCGUGCAGGCGACACGGCGAGCGUGAUCAUCAGGGUCGACUCCCAAUACUUCAUCAUCAUCUCCGCGUUGGUGAUCUUCUUCUACACGUCGCUGGGUGGUCUCUACGCGGUCACGUACACGGACGGCCUCCAGCUCGCCACCACCUCCAUCCUGCUGUGGAUGUGCGUGCCUUCGUGCAUAUCUCACAAGGCGGUGGGCACUCUGGCUCCCCAGUACACGGACUGGAUCGGCACCGUCGCCAGCGAGGAUGUCAGCCAGCUCGUCGACUUCUUCCUCAUGACGGCGCUCGGAGGAAUCCCGUGGCAGGUCUACUUUCAGCGCGUGCUAGCCAGCCAGACCGUGGCGGAGGCCAAGAUUCUUUCCUUCUUGUCAGCCUUGGGCUGCAUAUUCCUCGCCGUGCCACCCGUCCUCAUCGGAGGUGCCGCCAAGCAUGCCAACUUUACGGUGGCGGGCUAUCCGGGAUCGUAUCAGCUGAACGAUAAGGACAGCCCGCGGGUGCUGCCGUUCGCAAUCCUGUACCUGACCUCGGGCAUGACCGCCAUUUUCGGCCUCGUCAGUAUCGCAGCCGCCGUCAUGUCAUCCGCCGACUCCUCCAUGCUGAGCGCCUCAACAAUGAUCACCAGGAACGUCUACCAGAUGCUUCUCCGGCCCGCGGCAACGGAGAUGGAGGUGAUGAUCGCGCUGCGCACCAUGAUCUGCGCUCUGGGUUCGCUGUCCGUGUACAUGGCGCUCUCGGUGAACUCCGUGUUCGCUCUGUGGACCCUGUGCUCGGACAUCGUCUACGUUCUACUCUUCCCGCAGUUACUCUGCGUGUUUUACUUCAAGGAGACCAACGCGUACGGCUCAGUUCUGGGUGAGCUGUUAUGGCCGCUUCGCUAUAGAAAUAACCGAUAUUUUUGGGAUAAAAAUAAAGUUUACGAGCUUCUUAACAUUACCGCUUUCUUCGUGAGCGGCGUGUUCCGGUGCCUGUGCGGCGAGCCCUCCAUGAACGUGCCCGUGGUGGUGCGACUGCCUCUGUACGACCCGCAAUUUGGCCAGCGGUUCCCGUUCCGCCUGCUGUCCAUGGCGCUCGGCCUGACCACGCUUCUCCUCGGCUCGUACGCGGCCGACACACUCUUUCGCAGAGGUUUGCUGUCGGACCGCUACGACGUGUUCAGUUGCUUCGUCAAGCCGCCCCCGCCGUCCCUGGCUCGCAGGACGUCAAUCGCCCCCUCCGACCGGGCCGCCGAUGCGGCGAACGAAAGAGAGGCCACCACCUCGGGGAUUUCCAAGUACAACCGGAGGGCGUCGGUGUCCGCUGGGCCUCCCGUCGCAGCUCAGGACAGCCUAAACGUGAGGAAAUCCUCGUUGGUAGGGGGCCUGUCCGGUUUGGCGUACCAGUCGUCUGGCGUGGCGGAGAAGACUCUCACGGAGGGGGCCACCACCGAGACGAGGACGUCGCGCAAGAAGUCCAAGUCUGGCGCCGCUAAAGCCGGCGGGAAGUAG